AGUGCGUCACCACAAGUGUUUACAAACAAACGGAUGCGACGGCUGAACAGUUAACAUAUUCGUCCUCGUAAGCGAGCUAGACAGCAUGUUAUUUAACCAGCAGAAAUCCUUUUAAUAUUACACGACACUUUUGUCUACAAUCUUAUGUUGUGGAUCGAUAUAAAUGACUGAAACACUAUUUCUUACAUUCCCAUUAAAACACUCGCAGUUUCCUUCCAUUAGUGCUGUCUCAGUGUGUGAGACUGUCCAUUUGCUAUAUUUACUCGACACUGUUAGACUCAUGCUUUUAGAUUUGAUUGCAAUAGUAAACACUUCUCAGAUCAUGUAGGUCAUUUCACUGCAGUGAUACGUAAAGAUUUGGGAAGAAAUGCACCUGACAAUUCUGCUUGGAUUUGAGCCCUGAUAGUCCUUCAUUGCUGUUGGAUUUAAUGUGAUGAAGAGCCCCUGAAACCACAGCGUGAAAAGGGAAGCGAUGGACUGGCAAGGUGACUUCCUGCAUGACCAUGCAUUUGUGGAGCUGCAGGUGGAAGGAAUCCCCAGUGAGGUGGACAUCCAAAACCUGAUCAGAGACACAGAGGAGAAACUCAGACUUAACGCCUGCAGUAUUGAACAGAACCUGAAGGAACUGCAGGCCAAGGUUGGUGAGGCCAGUAGCGGAGAGAGAGUUCCCAGUCCAAUAGAAUGCCUCCAGUGGUUCAGUCAGCGCAACUUGAGCAUCCUGAAACCAGUGGCUACGGGACACCAAGAGCUUCUGGACUUCCUUCGAGCCUUGCAAAACUCGCUAAAGGCAGAGGACGCUUUUGAAGAGGCUAUUCUACAUUUACUACUGAACAUCUCUACUCAAUGUGGUGUUGCUUUCCCUACUUCCUGCCCUGCAUCUAGCGAAGAGCAUUCCUCAUCUCCUAACUUAUCCAUGCCACGUGAUGACCUUGCUCUGGAAGUCCAGAAGGCAUGGGAUAAUGUUCGUUUCUCAUUGCGGAGCCACUUACUUGGCAAACUCCAGAUGAUGACUGAACCAAGCCAGACUGAGGGAGAACUGGGUGUUGGGACCAAGGUUCCUCAGAAGAUCUUCUACCUUCAGCAACUGUUAUUCCUCUACCCUGAAACAAAGGUCUUCAGCUGGUACCAGCACCUUCAGAUCAAGGCCGUCCUCAGUGUUCUCCGAAACUGCCAGAGCUGCAUCCCAGGUGGGGAGAAGGGCUUCGACAGACUGACUCUGGGCUUUCAAACCGCCUCUCCAACUCUUUGCUCAAUGCUUCAAGAGGAAAUUCAUGUGCUUAAUGGAGUUGCAGAACCACAUAACAUCAUUGCCUUCCUCAACCAUGUCUACCUGAACACAGUGGCACAGGAACUAGGUGUGCUGAUGGACAAGGAGAUCGAGACCGCACUGAAAGACAACACCAUGCACAGCAUGAAAGGAGGCAAGAUGUCCAGCAAGAAGUCUGCUGUAGCUCCUCAGCAUCCUCCCGAGAGAGGGCGAAGCUGCAGCCUUACCUCCCGUCAGCUCAGGUGCCUGACCCAGCUGACCAACACCUUACUGGAGCUGGAACAAACUGUGGAGGACCUGGCAACCCAUCUGGGUUUCCUAAACUGCGCUGGAGAAUCAUUAUGCAGUGGCAAAGGGGUCCUGAAGAAGGUCAGGGAUGAUAUGGAGGUGAUGGCAGCAGAAGAAAAAGCCGCUACUGAUCUUGUGCUGCAAAGCACAGAGGUGGUGUGCCUUGAGUUUGGUUGGAGGGCUGCAUUCAGAGACCUUGUUCCUCAGAUGGCUCACUGUGUGAAGGUGGUGCUGGAUGACGUUUGCAAUAAGAAUCUGCAGCAGGAGGAAGCCACACAUGCAUUGUGCUCUGCCAACAUCUUCAUUACCCCUGUUACCCAUAGUCAUGGCCCAGAAAGAGACUCUCCCAUGAUGGUGGCCAAGUUCUGUGCAGAUGUUGUGGAGCAGAUGGAUGCUUUUCACCCUCUGGCUGUGGCAUUUAGAGAGAACAGCCUGCUGCCCGUGUGCUCCAGCUACGUGGAGGUGUGUGGCCGUGUGACUUCCUUCCUACUGACCAGACUAGAGGAGAGGGCAGGGGAAGUGCUGGCCUCAGCUCCCUUCAAGAACCUGCCUAUUCUGAUGGCCACCAGUGUGUACAUCCACCAGACACUCGCACACUAUGAAAGCCAGCUCAGAGACUCCACACGCAUGCCUCUAACUCUGCUGCCCAUUCAGAGAAGCCAGGAUGUGAUGGCAGCCCUGCACGAUCACCUGACCAGCUACUGCGUCCAUGUGUGUGCCGCUAGUAUACUACAGGAUGCCGAGAGCCACUACUGGAGUGACCCCAGCCCGUUUUACGAGGGUGAAAGGUGUUCUUUCUCCAUCCAGAUGUGGCACUAUUUUCUCACAGGCCUGCGCAGUGACCUUUGGGGCACAGUUGCCCCCCUGCAGGCCCGGCAGACCCUGGCCCAGGUGCUGUGUGAGACCCUGGAGGUCUUAGUUCAGAGGUACUCAAGAGCACGACCCUCCUACAAAAGACUCUCCCAGAUCAGGAUUGAUAUUACAGCUAUUCUGCUGUGCGUGGAGCAUCUGAUGUGGAGUGUGUGUGACUCUGUGGAGGAGUUGCUAAGGCCUGAUGCAGCCCAUGGAUCUUGGAUGUGGUCCAUACACAGCCUGUGUAACCAGCUACUGACCGUACUGAUCGUCCUCACAUCACCUCUAGCAGAGCUGCACAGGGUUUUUCAAGGAGGCUGUGGUGGAGGAGGCAGCAGAACUCCAAAGUUUCCAGAGGGAGUGACCAGUCAUGAAACAAAGUGGCUGAGUGUUAUCAACCCAAAACUGUUCACAGAGGAGCUGCUGAGGGAUUUUCCAGCUUGUGAGGGAUCUUCUUUAUGUCUGUUUGAGCUACUGGUGUCUGAACCCUGUUAUAAUCCAGCUGUACUUCUGCAAACCAUCCUUCACAAAGACUGCUUCCUGCUACAGAUCAUCAUCUCAUACUCAUGUCUCUGUGUGGACGGAGGAACAGAGGUGUCCCCUGAUGCUCACACAGCAGCUGCAGAGUUUUUGGAAGCUGUUUUUUCCAUCCUGUCCUCCCUCAACUCCCUCCCCAGGGCUUUAACUCGGGUGCUAGAGGGCUACCUGGACCAGAGACACCUUUGGGAGCACUUUUACAACUUAGCAGACUCCAGUAAAGAGGAGCCGGUCUUGUUUAAAUACAUCAGGUCCAUUGUUUGUGAAUCCACUACCAAACUUUUGAUCCACCUGGUCAGCAUGAUGCAGGCAUAUAAAGAUCAGACUGGACCCAUGGUUGGACAACACUUACCAGAAAAUGUCCUAAGCAAAAUUCCAAAAGAGUGGAACUACAUUCCACAAGAUCCCAAGUUUAAUGAAACCAGCAAGAACAACAUGAAUCUAGCUAUCCAAGCCCUCUCUUUCAUCUUCACCAACCUUCCGUCAACCAUAGCCUCCCUUCCACUGCCUGUACGCUUCCUGUUCACUGUGGCAGAGAAGAGGCUUUCCCAGCAUGCCAGACAGCUGAGGUCUACCGGCCUGCUCCUCUGGGUCAUAUUGGUCAGCCUCUGUCAGGAUCUAGAAAAUGGGGACGCCCUGGAGCUCUUGUCUGGACAGCCCCUGGAGAGAGGGGCCAAGGAUAGGCUGAGUCUGCUAUCGGAAUGUCUGCAGGUCAGUCUGGGCCAGCAGAAGGGUGUUCCCAAACCUCUGGUCCAUAAGGUGCUCAAGGGCCUGGAAGAGAAGAGGCCCAAAUGGACCACCAUGCAGCUGCAGAAGGCACGAAAGCUUUGCUGUGAUAGUGUGUUUGAGCAUGUGGAAAGCGGCCCGGCGCAGGAUAGAGGUGGGCCCGCGGAACUGACUGAGCAUAAAAUAAGGCAGUUGCUGCUGGAGCUGUGCCAUAGAGCAGGUGGCAGCCAGCACCUCCGGCAAAUCCAUCACAGCAUCCAGCUCAAUGAGGGUUUACUGAGGUCCGUCUUAACGCCGCAUGCAGAGACACAUCCACUUCUGGACUCUCCAUUGGGACCUGUCAUAUUCUCUUCUGAAGCGAGCAGCCAAAACCAGUGUAAAACCCAGUUCAACCCCCUCACAGAGUGCAAUUCUAUCGGCCGUAACAAGUUCGAUCAGGCUGCUAUGGGUGAGAGGGAGUGGGAUUGGGCCCAACUGCUGCCAGCCUAUCAGAGCAUGAGUCAGGUGACCUUCACGACGCUGCUCGCUAACAGGUGGGAGAUGCAAGAUGCUGCAGCACUGGAGGAUGAAGAGAAGAUUUUAGUGGAUCAGUUAAAGAAAAUAUACUUUGACAACAGCCAAGAAACAUAGCAAAGUCCCAGUGACUAUAUAACAGGAGAAACAAAUGACCAGUGUAAAAAGUGUAUGUACUGUAGCUACUAAUAAGACUGUUAAAAGUGGAUGUGCUGUGGAUGUGAAAUGACAGUUGCAGAUCAGUAAUAAACAAAAAACAUUGUGAACUCUAAUAAAUCACAAGAAGGGUUUGAUGAAAUAUGACUCCAACUCUGAAUUGGAUGCAUGCACAAUUGAAAACUGUACUCCACUGAUGUGUUAAACAAAUGAUCAUAUAACAGUUAUGAGGAAACUGAUUUUGGAGUAUUACUUGCUGGAAGGGGAAAGUUACAGGAGGUGUUCUUUAGUUUCAGUCAGUCAAUGAAUGUAGAAUAAAAAAAACAAAUGCAUGCAUUAUCUACACAAAAUAUGAUUAUUGGAAAGAGAUUCUUAACAACUCUUAAUAUAAUCCGGGAGACCUUGUGGACUUUAAAUGAGAAGUCCAAUAGUGCUUUUUGAAUGCAGAAGUGUUUGCUGAGGCAUAAUGACUGUUGUGUCAUAGUACAAAAAAAUG